CCAUGGCCAUCCUCCACGGGCCCUUUUCUGUCGCCGCAAAUCCCCGUUGAGCCAUCCAUUCCCUUCCCGGGUGAUAUCGGCGGCCCCCACCAGUCUUGCUAUCCGCAAGAUAUAUUGGACCCUCACUUGCUCCUCGGACGAACAUGAUCCCGCUUCCUGGCGUUGCUGAGCCUCGUACCUGCCGGCUUUGGUAAGCAAAGGGCAGCGUCCUCUUCUCUGCUCGACGGACUCGCAGCCGUACCUAUUGCCUGCGCCUAUCGCCUGCGAUACAGCAGCCAUUGAGGUUGUAGGCAUCGUACAUACGGAUCAGCACCUCUGCUACUGCCCUCGAUGACGCCCGGACUGAUGUUUCCUCCUCCCACUACGGAGACCCUAGAUGGAACGAUAGACCCUCUGACACGGCGGCAUUCUGGGGUGAACGACCUAGACGACCAUGAUGUAGCACCAGAUAGGAGCUCGUCCAGACGAAGGGGUCGCUCCCACUCACGCAUACAAGACGAGGCCGAAGACUCCUUCCCUCACCUGGCAAUGCUACCACCCCCGCCCAGACUCAAUAGCAGCGCCGCUGCUCUCCCUCAGUCUCCUGUCCUCGGUCAAGGUCUGGAUUCGAUAGCAAUUCCAGCGCCUAUGUCGCCCUUGUCUUCUUCACCAGUCCUCCCUGCUGAGAGGACUGCUAUCCCCGAUAUUUCUCCGCUUACAAAGACUCCCGCGAAAGGUACAGCUUCAUCCGGUCACGGUGCGAGCAGUGAAGGUCUACGACGUCCCUCUCUCCCACAUCUGUUCGACAAGGCCAGAAGCGCAAACCCUGCCAGCUCCAUCAAAGCGGCAUUGGUCCGCAAUGCCAAUUUCUCCCCUCACGUCUUCAGGACCAAGACCCCUUCUUCGAAUGGACAGCUUCAAAUUGGUGCCGGCGCGGGCGGCGGAGGGGAUGAUUGGCUUGCAGACAAUGGCAGCGGGAGCGAAGUCCCAAGCUCGAGCUCGGCUACACCCCGACGACUAGGUGCAAAGAAGAGCGUUUCGAAUUUGCUCCGAAAAGCAGCCAAUGGAUUGACUAAUGGGGCAGCAAAGAUUGACAAUCGCCGGCGCUCCUCCAGCUCAAUCUCCAGUGCCUCGAUCAGCUCCAUCGAUGCGAGUGGGGCACCGCAAGUUCGUACUAGCCGGGCGUCAUUCUCGCAUCAUCAUACCCCGCCAGUCUCAGCCUUUGCUGUCAGAAAGGGCUCCUCGCCGACUCCUAGCGUCUUCUCGCGCAGGAAAAUUAAUUAUGAAGACGAUGCAGACCCAUCGGGGAGUAGAAGAAGGGCGAAUAGUAGCGCCAGUCUUUCAGGAAACCUCUUGCGCAGAUUAUCGCAGAGGGAAAAGGGCAUGGCCAGUUCCACCAAUGGGGAAGCGCAAAGUGAUCACGAGGUAGCCUUGCGAUCCGUGCCGCCCAGCCCUCUGCGUCGCGACCCUAGCUCCUUCAUGGAGGAUCUUCCUGGAGGCGACUCGACGUCGGAAUCGUCGCCUCUGACGACGCGUGCUUCUGUACCGCCCUUGUCGCCUCCCUCUCCGCUUCAAACUCCUCAUACCGAGGAGAGGCUGGCUGCCUUGAGCUUAGCAGCAGAUCGACCCCUCACCAAAGAACGUCGUUCGUAUUCUACACCUCAUUCGAUAGGGCCAGAGCCCCACUUCACCAGUCAACCCAUGUCCUCUCGCGGUGCGACCCAGGAUUCCCUAUCCGUCGAAGCUCACCAGGACUUGCUUCUGAGGUAUGCCGAUCAGUUCGCCUCGCAGGGCGCAGCACCAGCCGGUAGUGGAGGAGAGACGGUCACGUUGGCGCAGCAGCUGAUUGCGGUGGGAGAGGCGCUGGCAGCUGAGAGACUGGGGAUGAGUCGAAGUGGUAGUGGAAGCGGCGGCGGUGGAGCUGGAGGUGGAAAUGGGGUCAACUCUGGCGAGAAGGGGAAUAAAGGUGGAGAGACAUCUGGUGCUGCAACGUCUUCGGCUCUGCCCAGCUUGCAGGAGCAUUGCCUGCAAUUGGCCCCCUCGCCCAUGGACAAGCGGAUAUGACGCUGAUCAGCCUUCGCUUUUGUUUGGCCCCUCACCUAUGUAUAUAGUCUCAACGACGGCCAAACCUAUUGUAGCAUGUACCCCAUGUUUCUUUCUUUUCUGCAAUUCCUUGUUGCCUUGCUU